CCUUCAUCCAACCACGCCAACCGACACAAGGCGUGUCGCAGCCCUGCAUCCACUACCGAUGCGCCCGAAGCGCGAACGCACUUAACCGCUCCUCCUGUCGCAUGUACCGCUGUGUCUCGGGCGGUGGAGGCGGAUCUGAGAGUCUGCGCGAUGGAUCCGUCCGAGGGCAACCAGGAGGAUUCCGGAGGCGAUGAUGCCGGCCCUACCCCGACGGGAGCGACGCCUCGCCCGCCGCUCACGAGAAUCUCCCAAGAAAGACUGCCGGCCACAUCGCACAUCGCCACGGCGCGACGACGGACGGAGCCCAGCAUAUCACGGCCGGAUGCCGGUGGCGGUGAACAGAAGACCGCCAAAGCCGAUGCUGCCGCGGGAACAGGCGCCGGGAUGGAGACAGAACAAGAGGAAAAAGCUUCUUCACCAGAAGAAAGACGCAUUGCGGAAUUGCGCGAGGCCAUGAACGCCAAACUCCUGCUACAAAACCGCAUGCGCCGCAGCUACGGAUCUCCAAAGGCUGCUUCGCCGACUGCUCGUGUGGCGGCGAUUCAGGCAGAGCAUGAAGCCGACGCCACCCAAUCCGCUACCGGCUUGCUCUCUCGGACUGGAUCUACGGAUUCCACAGGAUCGACACGUACUGUGCGGGCUGGCGAAUUGGCGGCUACGGGGAGUGGCAAUGCGCCGCUGAGAACUCCUUCGUACCCAUUUCCCUACGUACCGGGGACUCCAAAGGCGUGGCCGUCGCAGCUUCAUCAGCCCUUCACAGCCUUGUCACCCACGACGAUGCAUCAUUUCUCUGCGCGAAGCCGGGAACCUAGUGGGACAGACGUGACCAUGUCGGGUGGAAGUACGCCUGCCGCGGAUCCCGAGGCGUUCGCCCCCCCAGGAUUCAAGGAUUACCCCCAAGAAGACCCUCGUUUCCCUACGCCGAAUCUGUAUGAUCUGGUGUUGCAGGUCAACGCCGAGCCAGGUCUCGAACAGUGGUGGACGACGGUGGUGAAUAUGCUGCACGACCACUUCAAAGCCGAGCGAGCUACUCUCGUCAUCCCGCGAGAUUCGAGCGAGAUCGAGAACGUUCCAUGGGGUCAGAAGGCGAGUUUCAAUAUGAGCGGUCGGGAGGAAUUUGUCCCCCAUCGCACUCUCCUCAAGCAAAUGUUCGACGCCGCGGAUCGCACACAACAUGCGCCCAAGUCCAGCUUCCCAUCAAGAAAUGCGCCAAUCCACGAUGUACACCCCCAAAAGCUGCACGCCGAGCGGUUUCGUCCCAGGCUGGAAACGCGACAUUCGUACGCUGGGCAUGGUAGGGAAGCGAGCGAUAGUCCAGCCGAGACUAGACCAGCUGGUCCGAUGAGAAUGGCGACGCAUGCGGCCGGGAUGCUGCCAACUGUCCUGCCGCAAAGACUCGCUCCUCAGCGUUUCGAUUCGAGCAGCACACAGCAUCAAAGCUCUCUUGGCUUCAGUAGCGCCGGAGUUGAUGCUGGGCCCUAUGCCGAAGUCUUCUCGACCCUUCGUGAUCUACGCCAUGAAGUGCGUCCGCUCAUCGAGUCUGGCGGAGUCAGUCGGAUCCUGGCGAGGGGCCGCGUUGUCACUGUGACGCGGGACUACCUACACACCAGCAACGACGAGAGCAUUGCGGAAUCUCAAGCGCCCGAAUGGCAAUAUACAAAACCCACCCCUGAAGCAACUCCUCGACCUUCCAGGUCGUCCACGCUGGAAGACUAUCACCGAGCACAUACUUCCGAUGCCCCGCAUUCGGUCCUCAGGGACUAUGAAGAAUACGAGCAGUGUCCCACCUCGCCAUGGUCACAAUCUCCAGCUCCUUCACCAGCGAUUCAGGCGGACGAAGAAGUUAACCCCUUUUUCGCAUCGCAAGAGCAACGCGUAGAAGACGCAUUCGAUCCAGGAGUUUCGCCGAAAGACUAUACCCAGCUCGGCCAAGUCGAAGCGAUCGGGGUUGAUCAUGCGAGCACCAUCAUUCACAUUCCCUUGGUGCAUCCCACCAUCUCACAGCCAAUGCAAUCCUUGAAUGCGUACUCACAGCCCAAAGAUGGACCUGACGCGCUGCGGCAAAGCGAUACCGUGGACAAGGAGCGCAAGGCGCCGAUUGCAAUCCUGUCAAUCCUAACAUCCACCGUGCCUUAUCCGCAGAAUCUCACGCAAACAUUGAAGCUGCUUGGGCCGCACCUGGCCACAUCAUUCGCUACUUCGCAGCAAUUCUCCUCAUCACGACCACAAGCUGUGGCGAUCCGCCAACGAAUGCCGGAAAGUGGGGAUCCUAUCGAUCAUGCUCCUAUGGUGAUUGUUCCCACGUCUUUGGAGGAUAUCGUGGAAAGGGGCAAACCCACUGGAUCAAUGUCGGGCAGAUCCUUAUCUGCUAGUGGCACAAGUCCGUCUGACUACUCCGGCCGGUCUCCUUAUAGUGCCACCAGCUCGAUCGUUGGUACGCCUGGAUGGGAUCCAGCGACUCAUGGAUGGGCAUCGGGGAAAUCACCCGCCGUGACUCCUGCACACAUCGGCAGUGAAACGGCUGAUAACUAUUUCGAGGCCAAGAAACGCUCAGGGAAGCGAAGUACGAGCAAUGCUGGUGCUCAAAAUCAGGCUUCUCGAGGUCGAGCAGCGAAGCGGACGUCGGGCGCAGACCGCAAGCAGACUGCCCGCCGGCAAUCACCUUCUGGUACCGCCGCGAAUCCAUCACGGUCAGAUCAGAAGAUGUCUGCUACCGAAGAGCAACACACUGAACGAGACUACUCCCCUCCACCCGAGUCACCACAAUUGUUGGCACAACAGCGCCGCCUGUCUCAUCAUGGCACUGCCUUCCCGCAGGACCUGAACCUCCAGAGACGGCAUUCGCAACUACAUUCGUAUGGUGCAGACGUUCAAACGUCUUUUGGCGGUCUCCCCUCCACAGCCGGUGCCGACAUACCAACUCCCAACGUACCCGGCCACGCAAGGACUCAUUCAUACCCCGAAGGCAUGCCGCCGCCGUCUGAACGCCUUCUCCGCACCAUGAUUGACUCUGUCCCUGUGCAAAUCUUCACCGCGGAGCCGGAGACUGGUAAGCUGACGUGGAUCAACUCCAAAUUCAUGGUGUACCGGGGGCAGGAAGCGCACGAUGUCCUGAGCGAACCCUGGCAAGCCAUCCAUCCAGACGACCGCAAUGAGUUCAUGGCGUCUUGGCAACGAUCCUUACGCACUGCGCAGCAGCUACAGCAACGAGUGCGACUGAAACGGUUUGAUGGUAAUUAUCGCUGGUUCUAUGUUCGCGCGGCACCGCUCCUGGACAAGAAGCAGAAGAUUGUGCACUGGAUUGGCACAAUGAUGGACUUCCACGAGCAGAAUCUGGCGCAGGAAACGGCAGCGAAACAGCAGGAGACGGCGGCUUCGGAGGCCAAGUAUCGUGCAUUGGCCAACUCAAGCCCGCAGAUUGUGUUUGCCGUCAGCAAAACGAAGGGCAUCACUUUCUGCAACACACAGUGGGUGCACUAUUCUGGACAGUCGGAGGCGCAGGCACGAGGUGUUGGCUUCAUGGACCACGUUCAUCCCGACGAUCUUGUUAAGUGUAAAUUGCCGGCAUUUGAAGAGGGCUCCAACACCCCGACAGGCGUACCCACCACUGUUCCUCCGGACUUUCAGCGAUCGGUUUCGGGUUCUGCACAAUCGAGUAGCGGAUCCUCCGAGACGGAACGGAUGGCGCCCAGUCCGGGGGCUACGCCUAUAACCACAACGUUGCACCAGAAGAAGCUGUCAGACCUUGCGGGCACUGGAAUUUUGAAAGUCAGCCGUGAUGCCGAUGGACGUCCAUCGUACUCCACCGAGGUGCGACUCAAGUCUAAGGAUGGCGAGUAUAAAUGGCAUUUGGUCCGGGUACUACUUGCAGAGCCAUUGAUACAGCAGGAUCAGCAGGAAGAGACUUGGUAUGGUACUUGUACGGACAUUACCGACCACAAAGCCCUGGAGCGGGAUCUGAAGGAGACCAUGGACGAGAAGUCGAGAUUCCUGAGCAACAUGUCUCAUGAGAUUCGAACACCUCUCAACGGCAUCACUGGCAUGGUGAACUUCCUCAUCGACAGUAACUUGACGGCCGAGCAGAUGGAGCACGUCAACAUCAUCCGGGCGAGCACGGAGGGGUUGAGAGGUCUCAUCAACGACAUUCUCGAUUUGUCCAAGGCGGAAGCUGGCAUGAUCUCGUUGAGUAUGGAUUGGCUGUACUUGCGAGCGCUCAUCGAAGAGACCAACGAUCUCACCUCCGCCAUGGCCAUCGACAAGAGACUGGAGCUCAACUAUCUCAUCGAAGAGGAUGUCCCUGCCCAGAUCAAAGGCGAUCGUUUCCGCAUUCGCCAGAUCCUGCUCAACAUUGUCGGCAAUGCGAUCAAAUUCACACAGAAAGGAGAGGUCUUUAUCCACUGCAGCACGUAUGCGCCGGAGAACCACGAUCUGGCCGAGAACGAAGUGUAUAUCAAGUUUGAGGUUGUCGAUACUGGUCCAGGCUUCACGGAGGAAGAGGCCGAGCUGCUCUUCAAACGCUUCAGUCAGAUUGAUGGCUCCUCGACGCGGCAGCAGGGUGGAAGCGGGCUCGGCCUCGUCAUUUCCAGACAGCUGGCGCAACUCCACGGCGGUGAUAUGAGAGCGAAGGGCGCGCCUGGACAUGGAUCGACGUUCACAUGCGUGAUCAAAGCCACACUGCCGUCUGUUGCUGAUCAGCCUCCCACCCCCUUGAUGACACCCGGAGGCUUCCAGAUUCCCAUCUUUCCCGUACCAACUACCACCACCGCCGCUACAGCGGUGCCAGUCUCAACCCCGCUCGAUGGCCUUGCUAAAACGGUGCCAAAGUUCGCACUGGAGCAGACGCAAUCCCCGUCUCCUUACGCAACUUCCCCGGAAGUGUCGUCCGCUGGAUCUGAACGCUCUCUGAUCUCGACCACGAGGUCUAGCAGUUUGCGAUCGGAGCGCUCGUCUGCGUCGUCGUACAUCCAGGAUGUGGGGGUCACGAGUCCGCCGCUGAAACUGGCGCUUCCUCAAGAAGGGGCGGGACAUCGGAUGAGUGCAGCUGAGCUGAAGCUCGCGAGAGCAGACUCUUCCCCAAGCACGGCUACGGGACAUCGGUUGAGUGCAGCUGAGCUGCAGCUGUCCAAAGUAGAGUCUUCUUCAAGCACGGGGAAACUCUCCGUCGCGGCCACAGAAUCCUCACUUCCAUCCCCUGGGCCAGGGACGAUGCCGCCGAUGUAUUCCAUCCUCGUCGUCUGCCCGCUCAAGCACAGUCGAAAUGCCACCGUGCAGCACAUUGACAAGACGCUUCCGAAGAACGUGCCUCAUCAGAUCACCGCCAAAGAGCACCUCUCCGAAUGCCAGGAAAUGCUCAAAGGCACGGACGCGGUCAUAUUCACGCACAUCGUCGUCGUGCUACAUGACGUCGCGGAGAUCAUUGCCCUGAUGGAGCAAGUGUUCGCGUCGCCGGCGUGUCAAGCCACGACCAUUGUCAUCAUCACCGACCUCGUGCAAAGACGCAGCAUCAUGGAGAAGGCACCGCGGGUUGAUUACGAACAGCUUGCUCUGCAGCGCCGACUGCUGUUCGUCUUCAAGCCGCUCAAGCCCUCGCGCUUCGCCACGAUUUUCGAUCCGCAGCAUGAACGCGAAAUGAGUCUGGACCGCAAUCAAGAUAGUGCGCAGCAGGUGGCGUUGACGCAGAAGCAGGUGUUUGAGGAGGUGACGAGGAGGCUGGGCAACAAGGAUAAGAGGGUUCUGUUGGUCGAGGACAACAGAACCAACCAGCUCGUCGUCCUCAAAUUCCUCGCCAAAGUCUCCAUGGCCGCCGACAUGGCCAUGGACGGGGUGGAAUGCAUCGACAAAGUCUUCUCCCACCCCGUCGGCUACUACUCCCUCAUCCUCUGCGACCUGCACAUGCCCAACAAAGACGGCUACCAGACGUGUCAGGAGAUCCGCAAGUGGGAGUCCGCGCGCGGCUACGCGCCGGUGCCGAUCAUCGCCCUCUCGGCGAAUGUGCUGGGCGAUGUGCAUGAGAAGUGCGUGGCGAGCGGGUUCAAUUCGUACCUGACGAAGCCGGUGGAUUUCAAGGAGCUGGGAACGGUGUUGAUGACGUUUAUGGAUCCUAGUGAUCCGCAGAGGCCGCCGGAGUUUAUGAAGUUGAGGGCGAAGAGGCGGAAGUAGUGGGUGGUGAAUAAGAUUGCAUGGUUGGAGAGGACGUUGGCAUGUGCAUCGCAUGCGUUAUGCAAGCAUUGUGUUCCGAGCGAGCGAGCGAGCGAGUCGUGAAGCAUUGGGCGGAGGUUGGGUUCGUGCUGGGGAUCGGCGGCAACAAGCAUUGUGAGGAGUAUGGGAUUUGGAUUUGCGAGACUGUAAUGUUUGUCGAUUAGUAGUCUAAUGAUACAUACUACUUGUUGUUGU